GGUCCUCCUGGUGUGGCUGGCCACUCCAGCUAGCGAGGCCCGGGUUACUCCAUCGUCCACACAAUGGCGUGGGGCGGCAGGGGCUGCCCGGGAAGAAGGGAAUUACUGACUCCGCAUUCACCCACCGGCUCCUUUAAAGCCAAGCCGUCUGUAGCGCAGGGCCCAACCCUGUCCCGGCUUCUUCAAGAUCCUCGGUCUCCCAGGCAAAGCCUUCCGCUCGGCGCUCUACUCCUCUCCCUGCUCAGGGCCCUCCCCCCUCCCCUAGUCCUAUGACUUCCGUUUGCCUGGUCGGCUGGGAAACCUCCGACUUCCGGCCGCGCAGCGGUGGGCGGAGCCAAGAUGGCUGAGGAGAGACUUGCGACGAGAACUCAAUUUUCUGCAUCUGCUGAAUCUCAAAAACCCCGGCUGAAAAAAGCUCCAGAGUUUCCUAUUUUGGAGAAGCAGAACUGGUUGAUACAUCUUCACUAUAUCCGGAAGGAUUAUGAAGCAUGCAAGGCUGUUAUCAAAGAACAGCUUCAGGAGACUCAGGGGUUAUGUGAAUAUGCUAUUUAUGUCCAAGCAUUGAUAUUUCGCCUGGAAGGAAAUAUCCAAGAAUCCCUAGAACUCUUCCAGACGUGUGCUAUUCUCAGCCCUCAGUGUGCUGAUAACCUCAAGCAGGUGGCCAGAUCUUUAUUUCUUUUGGGAAAACAUAAAGCUGCCAUUGAAGUAUAUAAUGAAGCAGCUAAACUUAACCAGAAGGAUUGGGAGAUCUGUCAUAACCUAGGAGUUUGCUACAUUUAUCUGAAACAGUUCAACAAGGCACAAGACCAGCUGCACAACGCACUACAUCUUAACAGGCAUGAUCUGACUUACAUAAUGCUGGGGAAGAUCCACUUGCUGGAGGGAAACUUGGACAAGGCCAUUGAAAUCUACAAGAAAGCAGUGGAGUUCUCACCAGAAAAUACAGAACUUCUUACAACUUUAGGCUUACUCUACUUACAGCUUGGCAUUUACCAGAAGGCAUUUGAACACCUUGGAAAUGCACUGACUUACGACCCUACCAACUACAAGGCCAUUUUGGCAGCAGGCAGCAUGAUGCAGACCCAUGGGGACUUUGAUGUUGCCCUCACCAAAUACAGAGUUGUAGCUUCUGCUGUUCCAGAAAGUCCUCCACUCUGGAAUAACAUUGGAAUGUGCUUCUUUGGCAAGAAGAAAUACGUGGCAGCUAUCAGCUGCCUGAAACGAGCCAACUACUUGGCACCCUUUGAUUGGAAGAUUCUGUAUAAUUUGGGCCUUGUCCACCUAACCAUGCAGCAGUAUGCAUCAGCUUUCCACUUUCUCAGUGCAGCCAUCAACUUCCAGCCAAAGAUGGGGGAGCUCUACAUGCUCUUGGCCGUGGCUCUGACCAAUCUGGAAGAUACAGAGAAUGCCAAGAGAGCCUACGCAGAAGCAGUCCGCCUGGAUAAGUGUAACCCUUUAGUAAACCUGAACUAUGCUGUGCUGCUGUACAACCAGGGCGAGAAGAGAGGUGCCCUGGCCCAGUAUCAGGAGAUGGAGAAGAAAGUCAACCUACUCAAGGACAGUAGCUCUCUGGAAUUUGACUCUGAGAUGGUGGAGAUGGCCCAGAAGUUGGGAGCUGCUCUCCAGGUUGGGGAGGCACUGGUGUGGACUAAACCAGUUAAAGAUCCCAAAUCAAAGCACCGGAGCACUUCAGCCAGCAAAGCCGCCAAUUUCCCGCAGCCUCUGGGCUCUAAUCAAGCUCUAGGACAGGCAAUGUCUUCAGCAGCUGCAUACAGGAAGCCCCCCUCAGGUGCUGGAGGAACAUCCCAGCUCACAAAGCCACCAUCUCUUCCUUUGGAGCCAGAGCCCACUGUGGAAGCACAUCCAACUGAAGCAUCAGCACAAAUAAGAGAAAAAUAGGAGUAAGAUGAUCCCAGAGUAGGAGUUUCUUUGGCAAGGAUGUACCAGAUUAGGAAAGGUCACAUGACCCAGGCAAGAUGCAGGCCAGUAUGUUCCCUGGGCACCUCGAAGUUAAAAUGCACAACACAGAGUAUCUUAUGAUGAUCAUGAGGAGGCUGAGGCCUGUGCAGCCCCCCGGUGGCCCCAUCAGCCAAGAAGUAGAGAGAAGACAGCCCAGACAGGUCCUUUAAGAACUGAGAGCAAGGCUCAUGGCUCUAUGUAUGUAGUUCCAAGGGCCAGUGGGGCGCGUGACACUGUUUGCUUUUGAAAGGACUUUUAUCUCCUGGCUGACUGACCCCUUCCUUUGUGGGGGGAGAGUCUGAGAUAGACCUCUGCUCAGUAGCCCUGUCAUGACGAAGCCUUGGCUUAGCUGCGGUGAUCCUCAGGCUGUAGGGUAUUAUCAGCCCUCAGGGCAAACACAAAUCUUGGGUUAAUAAUCCAGCUCUAAUAGUCUGCAUCUGAAGGAAAAAAAAACGAUGAAAAGAAGCUCUGUAAACUGAGGCCCAGCCUGUUGAGUAUCCCAGCUGCACUUGCCCAAGGGAAUCCAGAACAAGUCCCUGUAUCUUUUUCUUGAGAGAGGUCGGAGUGUAGAGGCAGAUCAUGUCCGUAUGAUAAGGAGUAGGAAUGAAGGGCUGGUCUGGUAUCAGCACCAAGGAUUAAAAGAAAAAAGGAAGAGCUGCUUCUUUCUUUUUUUUUUAAAUAGUUAUUUAUUUAUUUAGUGUGUUUGUGCGUGCACAAGGAAAAUCAGCCCUGUGCUAACAUCCAUGCCCAUCCUCUUUUUGCUGAGGGAAGACUGGCCCUGAGCUAACAUCCAUGCCCAUCUCCUCCACUUUAUAUGGGACACUGCCACAGGAUGGCCUGACAAGCGGUGUGUCGGUGCACUGUUGGUGCACGCCCGGGAUCCGAACCCGGGCUGCCAGCAGCGGAGUGCGCACACUUAACUGCGACGCCACGGGGCCAGCCCCAGGAAGAGCCCCAGGAAGAGGAAUUUUCAUGUAAGACAAUCAAUGAUACCACUGACCAGAUGCUAUCAAUACAUUAUUUAUAUGUCCUUUUAGACUAAAGAUUAUGUAUCCUCAUCCCUUUGGGGAAAGUUGUUAUUCAGGUAUAAAAAUAAGAGAUCACAAUAAAAACUUUUUAAAAGAACCUAUGAUCACACUCUUCCCUUACCUACUUCCAAGCCUAGUUUGAAACUGGCGGAGGAACCUCAAGGCCAGCUUCCUACUUGGUGCUAGCACAGCCUCUGCGGCAGCCCUGAUGGAUGGCAGGCCAGCAGUUUGCUUGAGGCUAGUCCCCAUUUUGCACUUAAAGUGCCCUUUAAUCAAUCACCAUAAUUUGAAGGUGGAGGACUGAUGUACUGCCAAACCAAACUAUGUUUGGAGUUCUUUAUGACUGGGAAGCAGCAGCUGAGCAGAAAACUCUUCACUUCUCAUACAUCAGAAAUAAACAGCAAGGUAUCAGAAGUGAUACCCUUACCCAUGCAGCUGGUAUGUGGCAGAACUAGGAUUUGCACCUGAGCAACUGAGAAAGCUCACUUCUCUAUCAGUGUGGAGUCUAGUGUGCCUGUGACUGGAAAGGUCUUGGUGAGAAAUAAUGAAGGUGUAAAAACUCAGAGAUGGAGAGGAGGAGGGAGGUAUGAGCGAGAUUUAUGAGGUAAAAUCAACAGAAAUUGGGGACUGACUGGCUGUGGGCGAUAAGCACAGACUGUAAGAUGGGUACUCGUUGCUGGGGAGAGUUACACAGGUCAGAGUAGAGGAACACUGGGGGAUCAGAGUUGAGGGUU